AUGGAUACGAGUCCUAGUAGAGAAAGCGAUGUUGGGUUGCACGCGAGUCCGUCGUCGAUAGCUUCUAAUCGAGAGUCUGCAGGGGAGGAAACCGUGUCGCUACAUUUAUUGGCGAUCUCGGUAGGACAGAAGGUGAAGGAGAUUGCGAACACGGUGAAAGUGCGGAGUAGUGCUCUCGAUGAAGUAACGGCACUGUUGUUGAGCUAUGAGGAAUGCCCUUUGGCGGAGGGUUCAGAAGCGCUUGAACGAUUCGUUGGAGCAGCAUUGGAGGAGGUUAAGGAGGAAGUGUUGGAGCUUGUGGGACCGGAGACUGAGUUCGAUGAAGUUGAAAGUGCGAUCUAUGAGCAAUAUGAGAAUUUAAAGUCCUAUUUGGUCUUGGAGUUGAGGGCACAAUCUCGAGGUUCAGGGGAAGCCAGGGCCAUCCGUCCGGCUAAGAAGGCAGUACGUGGUCAACUGUGGGCUAGUUCUUAUUCGCCUUUUGCUCUUAACCUUCCAGAACCGUUCCUGGAAAGAAUUGCUCAGCGACGAUGCGAUAUUAUCAGAAUGGGGACGGGAGAGGCCGAGGCACUACGUGAGCAAGUACGAGGUGGCGAGAGCCGAUUGACGACAGACCGACAAGCCCACACUGAUGAACCCAGAACAGGAUCGACGGUGAUAGCGGAUAAGUCUGAAGCCAAGGACAGUGAUGAGAGGAUGGGUGAGGCUGUCACAAAGGGAAGAUAUAUUCCAACUGGCAAUCCCAUUGACAUCUCGAGGGGAGAUGUAUCCUGGGAUUCGCCUGGGAAGUCAGAGGAGAAAGUUACCGAUGUCUUACAAGGCCGAGAGCUGCUCAGAGAAGGAGAGAGGGAGAAAAUCCGUAAGGCCGCUGAGGCGGGUCGUGCUCCUCCGGGUGGACCGUAUAAGAUCACGGGAACGACUCCACUGUCUCUGUUCAAGACCCAUGUGUCAGUAGUGUCAUCAAGUCGGGGGUGGAGCAAAGUUCAUGAGUAUUAUUACCUCGCUCACCACAUUGAAGCUCGGCUGUGGAUCGACGUCGUCACUGCGAAUCAGAAGUUGUUAAAGGACCCCUUGCGCCGAGAGAGUUAUGCCGAAGCCGUUGCCGAUAUUUGGCGAGCUUUAGAGAGAAGAGCUGGGAAGAAUCGUGAGAGUGAGAUCCUCCAGUCCGAGGGUCUGUCGAUGAGGCAGAAGAAGGGAGAAAGUAUUGAGAUGUCAGUGCGCUGGAAUCGUCCAGAGGGAUUCUCACUGGAUUACGAUGUGCAGGUUGGGAAGAACGAUGAUCUCCCCACUCUUUCAUUUGAAUGGGGUGGUGAGAAGAUGACAAUGCUACUCGACAGCGGGUCAGCAGCUUCGUUGAUCGAUCGUGAAAACUCGGAGCGUAUGAUUGAGAGAGGAGCCGCAGUAAAGAUCAGGGGCCAGUCGUCAGUGUCCAUCCGUUAUGCAGAUGCUAGGGUGGAACCGUCCUGUGGCGAGAUCCUCGCCAACGUAUGCAUUGAUGGCAAGCCUGCCUACCUUCCUUUCCUCAUCGUGGAGAAGCUGGCACAACCACUGAUAGGGCGGCGUGGUCUACGACUUCUAGGAGCUACUCUUGACUUUCCCCAAGACAGCAAGGAGGAGCGAAUAGCUCUUCAGAAGAUGUUUGAGAGUAGAUCUACUGAUGCCAUGGCUGCUGAUAUCGAUCUCUCAACUGCUAUCAUCGACUGUUACUCUACCAAUGAGGAGAUGUUCAUUGCCGACGACGGUGACCUACAGGCUGUGGAAAGUGGUCUGCAACGACCGUCGUCGAAAUCGUCGGCAGCAUCUGAAGCAGGAGAUGUGCUGGAUCGUCGAGUUGAUGAGGUGUUGGCUCGAGCAUCAGCUGAGCUACACAAGAACGGGAAGGAUUAUAAGGGUCGAGAGAAGGAACUCCUCCGAACCUUAUUCGCCAGAGUGAGCGAGUUGGGCGGUAUAACGAUCUCUGAUGGGUACGAGUUGUCUCUGAAGAGAGAGCGUGAGGCAUCUGGCAAGCCAGAAUUUUCCUUUGUGGUCAAGUGGACGACGAAAACUUCUUCGUCAGAUGGUUCGUCCAAAGUUCCGAGAGGUUGGUGUAGUAACUCUAUGAUACAGAAGCUCGACGAGGAUGAGCGAUCUGAGUUCAAUCAGCAUUGCUCUGUGUAUACUGAGAGGGGUUGGUGGGAGAAGGUCGAGGAAGACGAGUCUGAACUUCGUAGGAUACGUCGUUCCCAUUUAACCGGGACGAUCUUUCCAGUGAAGCAGAAGUUGACGAAGUCUACUCGUAUCCGGCCCGUAGCGGAUAUGAGAGGGGCCAAUUUUUACUCACCAGCAGUGUCUGCAGUUCAACCAACGGUGUUGAAGGCAGGGCAAGUUUUGAGAGGGGUGCUCCGAAAAGGAGUGCAGAUACGACAAUACGACCUCGAGAAAGCUUUCUAUUCUAUCGGUAUCGAGGUCAUCGACGUGGUUACUGGUGAACAUACUCCAGUCUACCUAUCGGUCGGUAAGGAGUUGUUUGAGUGUUCUAAGCUAGCCUUUGGGCUGGCGGUAGGUCCGCAUGCGUUGAACUGUACUCAACGUAUCAUUCGCAAAGUCGUUCGCUGCGCUUACGACGUAUUGCAAGGUGCUCAAUGUCACGAUGUCUACCCUACCAUUGUUGUUGUCAUGGACGACUUCGUAGUAGCCGGUGAGGCUCCUGUGCUUGAUGUCGUCGAACAGUUGCUUUUGCUGGGUUGGGACCUGUGCGGUUUCAAUUGCCCUGAUGCGAAGCGUGAGAGAUGGUCGAAUGGCCAAGGUACCCGUUGGCUCGGGAAUCUUUGGUGCUGGGACGAUGAGCACGAGAAGUUAUCUGUUAAGCGCUGUGAAGCUCCGGUGGUCCCGGAGGCUGAGAUGUUGAGUAAGCGUAUCGUGUUCCAGUUGGCCGGGAAGAUCGGCUCGGUAACGGGAGGCGCUUAUGAAGCUUUGGCGAGAUGUCAUGCUGAUGCAGCACGAGUCGCUGCUGGUCGGGCCGGUUCCUGGGACGAUCAGGAUCAGCCCUGGGCGAAAGAAGCGGAGUUGCGAGUCAGGAAGCGUAACGAUCUUCUUCAGAUCUAUGAAGAGGAAUGGCUCCAAUGUCGCAACCGAGUGGCUAUGUCUAAGAAGUUAAGCUCUUCGACUGAACGACUAUCGCCUGGUGACAAGGCUGUUCUUUUCAAUCCGGGUAAGGUCGGUGGAUCCCGAGAGUCCAAGCUCUCUGGUUGUGCGUCCGGGCCUUACUAUGUGCUCGAGGCUGUUGGGGAUCAAUGCUAUCAUCUAAGUUUAACUUCUACUGGUCAAGGACGCAGUGCAGUAUUCCAUGCAAGUCGCUUGCGGAAAUACGAUGGUCCUGCGAAUCCGGAGUCCAAUGUCUGUCCACUCUGCCAAGAUCUUCGUGAUGAUAUGGUUAUGGUUGCCUGCGAUGGCUGUAAUCAAUGGUUCCAUAUUUCCUGUCUUGGUUUGAGCGAGGACUCAGAUGCGAUUUUGGCGGAUGAAUGGUUUUGCCAAGAUUGUUUGGCAAAAAGGGGGCGAAUAAUACUGAAGACAACAUUGGCGUCCCGAAGGCCACAACAUCACCAUUGGGAGGACUCCUUCGAUGAGGUUCAGGCCCAGCAUACUACUGGUCCAGAUAUGGAUGCCGCACCGCUAUUGAGGAAUUCAUCGUCGAUAGUAAGGGAGGAUUCAGGGAGGAAGCUCAAGCGGUUGGAGCAUUUUGAACGGGCUGAUACGGCAACAGCGAUUCUAAAGAAGACUAAAUACCAGGUAGGAAGAAGUGUACAGACCUACGAUGAGAAGGAGAGAGCUGGGGUGCAGCGGGCUAUUGAUGCUGAGAAACGGAAGAGCAGGUAUUCAGUGACGAGAGAACAUAUACUAGAUAACCGUAUGUACGUCAUGGACGAGGAUGCAAUAUCACUAGCCAAACAGUCUAUUGAUAAAGUUGUCGAGAAUGAACGGUCGAGGAAGGUGCGUCUGAAACUCAAACAGCAGGAGGCUACUGCGGCCGUGGCAGCUCCAAUAGGGGAGGACACUCAGGAGAGCAAUUCUAAGCCUGUCAGCGAGGAGCAUGAUACUGUCCAUACUCAACCAAAUAGCGUCGAUCAAAAGCCCAUACCCCUGGAGGUGCCCAUACCAGAUAGGCUCCAGGAUGACUUACACACAUCCCCCUCCCGACAAGCAUUCCAAUUCCGUAGAGCUAACUUUCCUGAGAAGGGCUUUGGUGAGCUCCUCAAGCUUCUCACUGAUGAGGUUAGUGCGUUAACCCCUAAGGAGGUAGCACGUACUCUGUUGGGGAUGAGCCAAGUACGGCCAUUAACAACGGACAUCCUCCUCACCCAGCUCGUGGGUGCAUUGCUAUCUCGAGCAGCGCUGGAGGAUACCGUAGGGCUUCAAGAAGCGCUCACCGGCUCGUCUGCAUGUGUAGCCUUAUGUGCGGUGAGUAAGCUGAUUAAUGGUGUAUCGGGCCGCCGGCCGCCGAGUGGAUGGUUGGACCUCCAUGACACAGUGGAGUCGUUAGCAGGUCGGCUUGUAGUCGGCAAUGGCCUCAGCAAUAAGGAGAUAUGUGUAGCUCUAUCGGGUAUGGCCACUUCUGGUGUCUUACAUCGUCCUUCUACUGCCAUCAUGCUUGAUGACCUCCUCAGCCGUGUUGACACUCUACAGCCUACUCAGCUGGUUGGUGUCUUAUGGUCAUUAUCCAAACUCAAUGUGAAGUUGAAUGGUGAUAUCGUGAAGACUAAGAUACGCCGUGCCUUGGGUGACCUGGCCCAGCUGCCCCCUAGGGAGGUAGCAUCACUGUUACACAGUACAGCGCGGUGUGUCAAGGAUAAGGCUGUGUCGAGAGAACUCCGAAAGGAGCUGAUACAGCAUAUCAAACCACAACAACUCAAUGGUAACGAGAUCAGUGCUGUUAUAGAAGGUCUAGCUGCUACUACUUCAACGGAGGGUUUGCCUCUACCAAAUGCUGAUAUCAUCACUAGUGUGUUGGACCGUCUCAGCGAAAUAAGGCUAACUCUGUCGCCAAGUCAGCUAGUGAGGUGCUCUAUAGCCCUGCAUAAGUUGCCCAAGACCAGUGGGGUGGUGGAGGUAACUGCCUCCCUCCUACAGUUGUGCGAGGAGAGGCUGUAUGCCUUCAAGCCUCAACAGUAUGUAGCCUUACUACCAACUGCUACUCUCAAUGGUACUAUGAUGGACCGCAGCUCUAAAGCGGUCUUCACUAAGGCGAGAGAUAAUGCUCCCAGUCUGUCAGUACAAGACCUGUUGAAGCUGCUAGCUGUAUGCCCAGACGAUAGUGCACUACUAAGGGCGAUCGAUGAUAAGGUCACUGACGACUACCGUUUUCCACGUCCUACUGGAGCGGUGGUGGCUACUACUUAUCUCAAACUGCUUGGCCGUGAGAGAGGCCAUCUUGUGCGUAAACAAGUGCCGAAUUUAGUGAGGAUGAGUCGGAGCACUGAGGAGCUCCAUGAGUUGUUAUAUGCGGUGGGUGAGCUGAGUAGCAGUGACACCAUGGACCACCUACAUACUAAGUAUGGAGUGCAGGCCCUCGAGACUGCAGUGGAGAGGAUUGGUCUUGAGGAGGACCCAGUCGCACUGCUAGAGGCUCUCAGCUAUGUACACAUGGAUCCUAACAGUACUAUAUCUGCUAUUAUCACCAAUAUAGAAGCCAACUGGUCGGAUAUAGGCUUAGUGGAUAGAGAGAGAGCAUUGGCGGCUAUGGCAGAGUUGGGUGUGGACUCCUCCAAUAUACCCCAGCACCUAGCAUCAGCCUCCACCUUACAUGGCAUGUGGUCUCGUCUAGUGCGAGAUGCUCAUACUCCUGCCUCUAUAGUGGCAGUAGUGUUGGAUAAGUUCAAGGCUGAUGUAGGGUGCCCUGUGGAUGGCCAACGUUUACAGCAACUGUAUCUUCAUGUUGGCAUGCAUUGUUCUAGUGAUGCUACUAUAUCAACAGGCACUAAGUACAGUCGUUGGAUAUCUGAUGCAUUGUCCUAUCUAGGGAUACCUCAUCAACCGGAUUCGCCUCAGCUGGGCGGCUCUUAUGUCAUACUUGCUAAACUACCGACACAUGGUAUUGGAAUAGUUAUGGAUGAGUCUACUUAUCCUGGGGAUAACGAACGACAGAGCAGUGAUUCCACCCGACUCGCCACUGCAUGCUGA